GUGUAUCCGCCUUCAUUCUAAACGUCGAUACACAUAAGUUAAACAUAGUUAUGACAAUCACGAUCUAUAUCUUUCAUGUUUUUGUUGUUAUAUGGAUUCUGUUGUUCGCAGAUUCCGUCGGACAAAGGUCGAAGUGUCCUCCUGACAUGACGGAUGUCCAAUACGAGUUGCCAGUUACUAUUGUGAAGGUUUGCCAAGAUGACUGGGCUUCUGGCAUAGCUACGGUGUUCCUGGACACAAGUUCAGCCCCUACAUACGCCAACGUUACAUGCGCAUGUUCCGUGACAUCGGAACAUCGCGCGAGCGUUAGUGCAUCAUUCACCAUGAACUCAAACACAGACACGAUAUGGUUUGAAUUUCCCACAAGUAAUUUAACUGGGCGCCAACAAAAUGGGAUAUUUGUCUUCGAUAAGAGUCUUGCUUUUCGGUACUGGAGCACCACAGAUCAUAAUACACUGCCUGCAUGCCUUAAACUACUUUUAACAGUAACCGAAAACGCAAAUCAUACCGAGAACAAUUUUAAUGUUAGUUGUCGAAGAUCCGUUACGUAUUCCUCUCCGACACCAACAACACAAGCAUCUAGUUUCGUCGGAACGGAGGAGCCUAAAUCAACAAGCUAUGCCCCAAUGGCUGUUGGUGUAAGUGCAGGUGUUCUUUUGAUUGCAGUCGUCAUUGCUGCGGCCCUUAUUUUCAUUAAACGUCGGCGGAAAUAUUCUGAAGAAAACCCAAGCGAAAACUAUAACCAUGAAAUGGAAAAUCAGACAAACACCAUGGUGGACACCAAACAGGGUAUUGAUGAGGAUUCUGGUGAUAAGUAUAAAGAAAACAUUAUCAUUUCUGAUACCUAUGCCUCAGUAGGCUAUGAGAGGGUAGUUGAGCCAAGUGGCAUUAAUCCAGUCGAAGAAACUUCUGGUACGAAGGCUACCGACGACUAUUACAGCACGGUUUCCAAAGAUCGUAACCGGAAUGUAAAUAAGAAAAGUGAUACAGAUAAACAUGGGAAUACCACACUUGGAAUCAAAGGCAAUGGUGAACAAGAAAUGAGAACUAACCCACAACAUUGUUUUAAUACAGCAUUUGAUGGAUCCUCGGAUGUGUAUAACCAUCUUAACGAAAAGGAGACAGUUCAACCCGUAAACGUUUACGGUAGCCUGACAACAAAUGGUGAUCAUCCAAAAGACUUGCUAAAGGAGUAUGAUCACAUUGAACAACAAACAGGAGAAAUGGAGCAUAGCAAAAAGGAUGAAACAUAUGACUCUGUAAUAUAAAACAUUGAAGCCUUUAAAUGUGUUACAUAACUAUACAUAUUUUGUGAUUUUAUAUGUAUUCAAUGAAUAUGUAUAUAAGUAUAUAACUCUAAAAUGCAUAUCAAUAUGAAUAUAUAGAUUUCUAUAAUAUGUAUAAAUUUGUAUAUAAGUAUAGAACUCUACAAUGUAUAUCAAUAUGAAUACAUAUAACUCUAGCAUGUAUAUCAAUAUAUGAGUUGUGCACUUGUGUACCAAUACUGAAUAUCACUGUACUAUAAAAACUGACCACAACAAGGUGGUAGCCCCAAUGUUUAUCAAAAAUAAUUACUGCUUAGUGCAUGUAUUUUUUCCCAUUUCGUACGGUCAUUUAACAACGGGGCUGUUAUUACUUCAUGUAAAUUUAACUGCAGAAGAAAGAAGUACCGCAGUUGAAAUAGGGAAAAGAACCAUAAUAGGUGAAAACAGGUGAAAAUAAAAGAUACGCACAACGUUCCAUUUGCAAAUAUUCAAUGCUCCUGUUUCCCAUUGUGAUAUGAACAUUAUUGAAAAAUUACAACUAUUAUUCGAAACAGGAUGUCAAAAACCACAUUACCACGCACAGCGGACAGGGGCGUAGCUAGGGUGCAUUCUUGGCGAUAUGAUGUGCUUUAUUAAGUUCUGGAAAAUGGACAGUUUUAGGGUCAAGUACGCAUUCUGCAACUUUGCCUGAUUUUUUGUCAGAAUCAUGUGGAAUCAGCCGCGUACUCGCGUUUACGCAGCUACGCGCCUGGCGAAUAUACCUUUCCAUUAUUGUAUAAUCACCAGCGGAAAAUGCCAAUGUCUCUAUUGAAGGAUAAACGUAGGUCUUUACGCUAUUGGUGAAAUGGAUAGUGUUAUCCAUAUCAACUCUAAAACGAUCGGCAAUU